GCCGGACCAGAAGCCGUAUUGGAGAAACCUGGUCGACGUCAGAAAUUGCUGCGCUGGCUUCGGGGGGGCCCGGGGGAGCCCUCAAAUUACCUGCGGGACCCAGAGGAGUAUCUGCACAUCUCCACCAACCUGACCCUGCACCUGCUGGAGCUGCUGGCCUCGGCCCUGCUGGCUCUGUGCUCCAGGCCCCUUCGAGCUGUCUUGGACGCUUUGGGCCUUCGAGGCCCUGUGGGCCUGUGGCUGCACGGGCUGCUGUGUUUCCUGGCGGCCCUGCAUGGGCUCCACGCUGUGCUGAGCCUGCUCACCGCACACACCCUGCAUUUCGCCUGCCUCUUUGGCCUCCUGCAGGCGCUGGUGCUGGCUGUCAGCCUCCAGGGACCCAGUGAGGAUGAGGAGACCGCUGACUGGGAGAGUGAGGGGCAGGGGCAGGAGGUCAGGGAGCCUAGGGAAGGUCCAGGAAGGGUGCUGUGACUGGGUGAGGUCCGGGGCAAAGGGUGAAGAUAGCGGUGUGGCCUUUAGGAGGAAGGUGGAGAAACCCAGAUUGUAAGCACACUGACCUCAGGGAUGGGGGGAGACUCAGGAUCACGAAGGCACAGGAGCCCUGUCCUGCGAGUGACAGACGGGGCUUUUAGGGUGUCCAGUAAUGGACAAUGGGGCAUCAGCGCUUGAAUCACCAGCUGUUG